GCCAGUCAAUCAAAAUUAGUCAAUGGUUGUAGACGUGUUACUUUCAUCAAUUUUGAUUUUUAAGUUUUUUUACUAGAACAAAUAAUAAAUGUAAAUAAGUGUUCUUUGCGUUAACUACGAAGGUCAUUCAAGACAACUUAUUGUACGAUAGGGAGCAUAGUACCACCAAGUAGUGUUGUGAAUUCAUCAAUGCGUGUGAUCGACCGCUCGCCGUGUGAUCCAGUCUAAACACUGGAAUGCACAUUCGCUGCAUUCCGGCGUAUUUUAAAAGUACCUCUGAUUUUUAUAUUCAUUCGUUUUGAUGACUCCUCGCUUAGGAACCUCAGCGCUGAUUCAUUUUGAAUUCAACUAAAGUCGAUGGAGUUGUAGCAGCGUGCAGAAACCGGCAGCAGGAUGAUGGUGGAAACCAUUCUUGAGUCGUCCCAAGACUUUGGUUUGGCCAACGGCACGCUGCCGCAAUGGAAGCGAGAGCUACUGCAGCGGAGGGCGGCGAGACUGCGGCCCGCCCCGCCGUCCGCGCCGCCGCCGCCUCCGCCGCCGCCGCCACCGCUCGCCGACGACGAUGAGGAGCUGCGCUACGGGCCCGGCAUCGUCAAGCGGCUCAAGUCGCGCUACCUCAGUCUCGCGCUGCGCGACGCACCGCGGAGCCGGCCGUCGGUGCUGCGACGCGCCGCGUCACUAGAACACCUGCUGGAGCCGGCCGUGCCGUCGACGCCCGCCGCGCGACCUCCGCGGCCCACGUCGCUGGCCGCGGGCCACGCGCAGCGCCCGGCGCCCCGCCGCGACCUCGUGAAGCGAGCCCGGUCCGUCGACUCGCUGAGCCGCCUGGAGCCGCCCUCGGCGCCCUCGGCGCCCGCCGCGGCCGAGGCGGCGCGGCCGGUGACGCGCGCCGCGCUCGAGGGCAUCGCCCGCGCCGGCUCCUCCACGCGCUACGCCUUCGACGCGCCGCGACGCGGAGGGCACCUGCCGCCUUUGGCCGCGACCAACCCGGUGAUGCUGGGCCGCGCGCGACGGGUCGGCGUCAUCCGCCCGAUGCCCGCGCCGGCGACGGGGCGGGCCACCGCCGCGCCGCCGCGGCCGCCCCUCGAAGCGAAGCUCGCAGAGGAGCCGCACGACGGCCCGCUGCGAAGCCCCACGCCGCCCCUCUCCGACGCGGAGCCGGCGCCCGCCGAUCGCGUCCUGGACGAACGCCAGCCGCCGCCGUCGGCCGCGGUGCAGCCCGUCCCGCGGCUGCCGCCCGACGAGCCGCCGGUGGUCUCGCCGCUCGUCGGCGCGGACCCCCCGCACGCCAGACCGGCCGUGCGACCCCGGCCCGAUGCGACUGCGAAACCGAAAUCUCUCGUGAACGGCUACGCGGACAGCGGAGAAGAGAAAACCGUAAACGGCGGGCCCCGGUUCGACAGCGUCGCGGCGGACCGCACCUGCGGCGGCGCCGGCGACAGGAAAGCCGCUGUCGAGUCGAGGGCAAACGGCAACGGCGAAGUAAAGUGGGGCGUGGGCUCACGGGGACCGCGGCCGCCGCCCGCCGCCACCUCGGUGGUGUUCAACUUCUCCACACGCAAGGAGGUGCCCGACUACAUCGUGAACGACGGCCCUGUUCUGCGUGCCGGCCGCCGCGACCGCUUGAAGGCGGGCGACUCGGGCGUGGCGGUGCUGCGCGCGGGCGCGGGCGGCGGCUCGGACUCGGAGGACGAGGGCGACUGCGCGCGGGGCCCGCCGUCGCCGUGCCGCCUGCGCUUCGUCAACGACAACGUGCUCAUCAACGGGCGCUCGUCGCUGCUGGCCGCGCGCGCGCGCAGGGACCCCUCGCGGCUCUCCAAGUUGAAGCUCCAGUUCGACGACUCGCUGACCCGCACCUUCGAGUACCCCUCGGAGACGUCGCUCUGCGAGGAGGAGCCGCCGGCGGCGCCCGCGCAGCUGGCCGCCAACACGCAUCUCGGUAAGUGCGCUCCCGCCGCGAGGGCGGCCCUGACGUCGCGCAGAGGCCAGAAUUGAACAUUCGGUGGACGGAAAUAUUCCACGCGGACGGGACGCUACUCGAAAAUGCACACAAUCAAACGGAAGGCUACCCGUCGCAUACGGUACUGCAAUAUAUUUUUCAAGGGCGAGUAUUAAUUAAGAUACGACAUUUCAGUAUCCGCAACGUCGCCU